CGAUCUCGCUCGCGCAACAGGCGUGACCGUUCGCGUUCCUCCAGUGCAGACAGCUACGUGCCUUCUCGUAGGCGCAAUCGCUCGUACAGCCGCGGCCGCAGUAUGGAUAAUGGCUACCAGCAGAAUGACCCUUCACGGGCUAACCCAGAUCGCAGAUUAGCGGCAGCAGGCGCAGGUGCAGGCGCUGGUGCGCUCGCCACUCAGGGAGCAAACAGAAGUGUGGCUUCUCAGCGCGGCGGUGGCAGAGAUGCGUCCAGCGAUUCGUCUAGCACGACGGAUAUGGAGGAGCAGCGCAAAAAGCUACGAGGUAAGGAACUCCUGACCGCGGGCCUCGCGACCGUAGCCACCAUCCACGCAGCACACGGUGUCUACUCGUCCAUGGUCGCUUCUGAGAAACGGCGCAAGCUUGUUGGCGAAGGAGAAAUGUCGCCAGAAGAAGCACGAAAACGCAAAUCAAAGAACAUGCUCCAGGACGCGGCAGCUGUCGGUAUCGCCGCCCUCGGUAUCAAGUCUGCGUACAGCGAGUGGAAGGAGAUGAAUGAGCAAAGACACAGCGUCAAAGAGCUGGAGAGCCGCCGACGAAAGAGGAGAAAGCAGAGAGAGCGCCGUGAACGAGAGGCCCGCGAAACCACCCUCUAUGGCAUGCAGAACCCACAGAUGAAUGGCGCUAAUAUGUAUGCGUACCCUGUAGCUGCGCAGCCGUAUCCUACGACCAGCUAUGCGGAUGCGAAUCCCUACGGCAGCAUGCCGCCGCCGCCUAUGGGCGCGCGGUACUGAUGCUUUUUUUUUCUCGAACAUGAGUUUUGGAGGCUAUUGUUAUGGCAGACGAUUGUAUGGUUUUAUACCUUGG